AUGUCGGCCGUGCGUUCAUUCUACAAGAAGACAACUCGAUGGACAGACUUCAUCGAGUCUCGCUCUUCAUUCAAUAGCUCAUGCUUCCUCCUCCAACCGAAGUUAACAAUAUACCGUUGUCACAGUCGUAAGAGAGCUUUUCAGUCUCCAUUCUGUCUCUCUCUUUUUCUCUCCGUCUCUUUCUCUAUUUCUCUUUCUCGUUGCUUUCACUCACAUCCAAACUUUUCGUUUCUAUUUCUCUUUUUAGGAUUUAGCUCUCUUUUUCUUCAUAUUUUCUUCUCUUUCUCUCUCCGUCCGUCUAUACGUUUUCUCCUUUUCUUUCUUAUCCUUUAUUUCUCUUUCUUUGUAAAUAUGUAUUUUUUCUCUUCCUCUUCUCUUUUUCUAUUUUUUUCUUACUUUCUACCCCUCCCUAUUUUUUAUAUCUUUCUAUUUUACUCUCUCUCUCUCUCUCUCUCUCUCUCUCUCCUCAUUUUACCAACUGGUCUAAGCGCAUUUUACGCGUUGGGGUCACCACUUAUACCCAUCUCUCUCUCUCUCUGUCUCUCUCUGUCUGUCUGUCUGUCUUUCUCUCUCUCUCUCUCUCUCUCUCUCUACCCCGCUCUGUCUGGAGCUACCCUUACAGCCUCAGCCACCAUCAUUCCAGUCGACCUUUUAAAAUUCUCAAGCCAAAACAUGGGUGGUUGUAUCUGGUGCCCUUUGCCCGCCACUGGGUUCAACAGAAAGCAGCCUAAUAUGCCCGAAGUAACGGAGCUUCCUUAG